UACAAGUCAUAUGAUGUUCAUGAUUUAGUGUCUAUUAGUGUGAAUAAAUUCCUUCCCAGUCCCCAAAUCUAAAGACAUUAUCCAAAAUUUCCCAGAUAUACAGAGUGAUGCUUAAGAUAUAGGUGAUGAUUUUAUUGUCAACGUAUCAUUUCUCUUUCCUCAGCAGAAAAAAACCUCAGCAACUAUUUCUGGGAUUCUUGAAAGGAGUAGGAGUACAGUGCCUGUUCCUACUCUUUCAGCAUUGAUUUUCUUCACAAUCUGUGAUAUGGUUUUUCAGAAAUGCUGUUUGGCAGUCCUGAUAAUUUCAUGUGUUUUCAAACUUCAGCCACCCAGACUACACAGUGCAGUAUUUUCAGCUCCUUUCAUUUUCCUUUUCCCUUUAAUUAUAGAAGUCUCUAUUCCCUCUUUUUGCAAAUGUGGUCAAGAAAGAUGCUAAAUGCGACUGUUUGUAGAAAGAACGUGCAUUUGUUUUUCUCAUGACGAUCCACAUAAGUUCUUCCCAAAUACAAAAGCUGUGCUAUAACUAACUGAUGAUAUUGAUGGACAACACUUUACUCCUAAUAACUUUUUGGACCCUCCCCCGUUCCUUUGACUUUGGUGGAUGUGCCACGUGCCCAGUGGAGAGAAAGCAAGUAGACACUCUAAUUUUAAACUUGCACUGUAAAGCACUUUCAAAAUAGUAAUAGUUGAGCUUCAUUUCGGACCUGACUUUCCUUCUCAAUCCAUUCCCCAGGACCCCUCUCUGCUGAUUCGUGUCCUGGUCUAUCGGGGGCCGUUUUCUGAAAUCGCAAAGCACAGUUUAUUGCGAAGCUGAGUGGGUGGGUCCACGCGCACACCCAGACUCCGGCCAGGACGCCGAUCCCAAAGCUCCGCGUCGCGCGCCUGGAUCGCGGUCCCGCUCCCUUCGUCCGGCCUCACCACAAAUCCCAGUUUGAAAGAAAACUUCUCGAGGCCGAAAUGAGCCUCCCCUCGCCGUUGCAAUUCUUCCUUCCGAGCCGGCAGAAAACCCCGACAUUGUCACCUCCUCUUUGAGGGGUUAGAAGAAGCUGAGAUCUCCCGACAGAGCUGGAAAUGGUGAUGAAUCUUUUUUAAUCAAAGGACAAUUUCUUUUCACUGCACUUUGACUAUGGAAACAGAGGCUAUUGAUGGCUAUAUAACGUGUGACAAUGAGCUUUCACCUGAAAGGGAGCACUCCAGUAUGGCAAUUGACCUCACCUCAAGCACACCCAAUGGACAGCAUGCCUCACCAAGUCACAUGACAAGCACAAAUUCAGUAAAGCUAGAAAUGCAGAGUGAUGAAGAGUGUGACAGGAAACCCCUGAGCCGCGAAGACGAGAUCAGGGGCCAUGAUGAGGGUAGCAGCCUAGAAGAACCCCUAAUUGAAAGCAGCGAGGUGGCAGACAACAGGAAAGUCCAGGAGCUUCAAGGCGAGGGAGGAAUCCGGCUUCCGAAUGGUAAACUGAAAUGUGACGUCUGUGGCAUGGUUUGCAUUGGGCCCAAUGUGCUUAUGGUACAUAAAAGGAGUCACACUGGUGAACGUCCCUUCCACUGUAACCAGUGUGGAGCUUCUUUUACUCAGAAGGGCAACCUUUUGAGACACAUAAAGUUACACUCUGGAGAGAAGCCGUUCAAAUGUCCUUUCUGUAGCUAUGCCUGUAGAAGGAGGGACGCCCUCACAGGACACCUCAGGACCCACUCUGUGGGUAAACCUCACAAGUGCAACUACUGUGGACGAAGCUACAAGCAGCGCAGUUCACUGGAGGAGCACAAGGAACGCUGCCACAACUAUCUCCAGAAUGUCAGCAUGGAGGCUGCCGGGCAGGUCAUGAGUCACCAUGUACCUCCUAUGGAAGAUUGUAAGGAACAAGAGCCUAUUAUGGACAACAAUAUUUCUCUGGUGCCUUUUGAGAGACCUGCUGUCAUAGAGAAGCUCACAGGGAAUAUGGGAAAACGUAAAAGCUCCACUCCACAAAAGUUUGUGGGGGAAAAGCUCAUGCGAUUCAGCUACCCAGACAUUCACUUUGAUAUGAACUUAACAUAUGAGAAGGAGGCUGAGCUGAUGCAGUCUCAUAUGAUGGACCAAGCCAUCAACAAUGCAAUCACCUACCUUGGAGCUGAGGCCCUUCACCCUCUGAUGCAGCACCCACCAAGCACAAUCGCUGAGGUGGCCCCAGUUAUAAGCUCAGCUUAUUCUCAGGUCUAUCAUCCAAAUAGGAUAGAAAGACCCAUUAGCAGGGAAACCUCCGAUAGUCACGAAAACAACAUGGAUGGCCCUAUCUCUCUCAUCAGACCAAAGAGUCGACCCCAGGAAAGAGAGGCCUCUCCCAGCAAUAGCUGCCUAGAUUCUACUGACUCAGAAAGCAGCCAUGAUGACCACCAGUCCUACCAAGGAAACCCAGCCUUAAAUCCCAAGAGGAAACAAAGCCCAGCUUACAUGAAGGAGGAUGUCAAGGCUUUGGAUACCACCAAGGCUCCUAAGGGCUCGCUGAAGGACAUCUACAAGGUCUUUAAUGGAGAAGGAGAACAGAUUAGGGCCUUCAAGUGUGAGCACUGUCGAGUCCUUUUCCUAGACCAUGUCAUGUACACCAUUCACAUGGGUUGCCAUGGCUACCGGGACCCACUGGAAUGCAACAUCUGUGGCUACAGAAGCCAGGACCGUUAUGAGUUUUCAUCACACAUUGUUCGAGGGGAGCACACAUUCCACUAGGCCUUUUCAUUCCAAAGGGGACCCCUAUGAAGUAAUGAACUGCACAUGAAGAAACACUGCACUUACAAUCCCACCUUCUUCAGAUGUUGACAUACCUUUUUUUUUUUAAUAUUAUUACUGUCAUUAAUUCUUAUUUUGUGGACGCAGUGUCAUUUGCUCUGCCUAAUUACAAUAAGGAAGAAACAGAAGAGAGAAGGGAUGGGAUAUUGUUUCUUGACAACUUGGCUUGUUUAUUUUAUGGGAAUUGAAGAGCAGUUCAUUUCUGCCAUGCAUAGAUGUUAAGGUAUAUCAUGCUUUGAGAAAAACAUAAUCACUUGAUUUGUAAAGAUUCACCUAAGGAUUCUAAUUUGCCACUGAUGUUCAGGAUUAUGAUUGAAGGCAGGAAAGAUUAGCGUUUUCUGGGUAGGACUUUCACAGUUUAAAAUGGGAUAAGUAAUUUUACUGUUCAAAGAAGAAUUUGUUUCAAAAUGUAAACUGUUUCUUUUUCCCUCUAGAGAUCAUGGAACACAAACACAUUAUUUUCAGUGAUAACUCCUUGGAAGACUUGUUGUUGUGGGUUCUAUGUUUACCUCCCCAUAAAUUCCAUAGAAUUUAUAAUACGGUAUGUUGUACACUGUACCAUAUAGCAAAACUUUUAAACUACAGGUAGUUAAGGACAGCUACAAAUACAUCUGAGGUCCUAGGAUCUUAUUUUUCUAAACUUAAGCACUGUUUUUCCAUAGUUUUGAUGACUGGCAUUUUAUAGACACCCUGGCAGCCUUACUUUUAACACCUUUAAUGAAUAGUAUUUUUAUCUAGUUUUCAGAAUAACAUAUGGUCUAAGAGCGGCUAAGAGGCAGUCAAUAGUUUCCAGAAGGGACCUCUGCUUUUCUUAAAUUUGUUUGGGAAGUUUUCUUUUAAAGUUGUAAUGGGAUGGCAGCAUAGUAUAUGUAUCUGUUUCUAAAAGUAUGCUUACGAUUGUCACUUUAUCAGCAUUUAAUCAGUGUUAACCAGUCAGCAGAAAAAUAUAAUUAGGCUAACAGUAGGGGGGAAAAAAAAUCCACUCAGAAAUCCCUUUUCUGGUAUUUCUCUUUUCACUGGUUUUUCUCAAGCUGUGACCACCCAGUGUUUUGUCCAUAGUCUGUUCGUCUUUUACUCUUCUAGUGGAAGGUCUAUAAAAAUCUUGCCAUAGGCUAUUUCUUUCAAAAUCUCCUCAGAGCAAUUGCUAAUUUGACCUGAAUGUGGUAACUUGAACCCCAUAAGAUUAUGGAACUAGGGCUAUUUAUUCUAGUAUUUCUUCAAUAAUAAUAUUUACCACUUUUUGGUACAAGGAAAAGGGAACGUCUUUGUAACCGGUACAUUAACUAGAGAUAAGACAGAAAAACAAAACUUAUUUUUACCUUUUUCUUGGAGUCCAGAAUGUGACUGAACCUCCAAGCUUGUGUCCACAUCCACAUUUUUCUGUCUCAAAAACAUGCAACUAUUUAUAAGUUCUUGUCAGAAAUGAAUCUCAAUCCCUUACUGCAGAAUUCUUCUUCUUUUAAUUCAUACAUACGUUGCCAUAUUUCAUGUACAGAUUUUAAUUUCUUUUAUAUGGGUGCUCCUCUGCUUUUUCUUUGCAGUCUUAACAGCACUAGAGGGGAGGAACUGAAUGAAACUGAUUAAAUUCAUCUUGGGGGGCACCCUUGGAGGGGGAACUUACUGUCUGUGUUUAGGGAGGACAGGCCUGACCAUGACUGGAUUAUCUGAUAACCAUUUCUGAAUACUAAAGUUACAUUAAGCUGAUAACCGCUGUAAAAAAAAAAUCAUUACAUGGGAUGCUGAAACUGUGUUUCUUAAUGAUGCAAGAAUGAUGUGAGAAUUAGCAAGACUAGAGAACUGUGGACAGAUAGGCAGAUCUGGCCCCAGUACUGUUCUUCACUCAUUUUCUAGUUUACCAUCUGCUUGCGAAAGCAGCUUCUAAGCACUGACACAGCUAGAGCUAGGCAAAAAUGGUUACAACGCAACUCUCUUUUACUAGCCCUCUGUGGUAAUUAUUUCUGAAGAAAUGUCUAAAUUGUUCCUUUAACUCUGAGAGAAGGCACCAAAACAGAAAUGCAAGUUUUAAAGAGAACGUCCACUGUCACUUUUCCUGCAUGCUUUGGUACAUUACUGCAUUGUGAACAUACAGUGUAUUCAAAGGUGAAGCAUGUCUUUGAGACUUCCUCACCCACCUGCCCCAACCACUCAUAAAUAAUUGGAAUUUAAUUUUUUUUUUUCCUUUUAGAGGAAGGUAAAUAAUUUAAGGUUAGUGAUUUUGUGUUUUACUACAAUUUAAGGAAAUAUUUGGAUGGCAGUCAAUAUGUUCAUAACUUUGGCUAUGUGUGAGUUUCUGCUGGCAUCAUCUAUGAAUUUUUUUCCUGGUUACUAUUUUUUAUUUUCAGUGUAUGAACAAUCAUGUACCUACCUGCCCUGGGAUGAAACUGAAUUUAGGUGGACCUACAGAGUUGUAUAGUACCCCCAUGAGGACAGUACUAAUGCACUCUCCUUUUCUGAUUUCAUCUUUUUGAGAAUCUUUUUUAUUGAAAGGACUUAAUACUUUUGAGAGUGUAUUUGCUACAAGUGUGUACUUGUACUUUCUUAGCUUUAUAUAAGGAACAAAAAGAGGUAAAGAUGGCUCAGGGUGUGGCAGGGACAAAUGAGGACAAGAUCAAUUCAAAUGUGUAGUUUAGACAGAAUUUUUGUGGACACAGUGCUUCUGGGAAACCCUGGAUGGCUAUAUUUGCAUGCUUCUUCACGAAAGGAAAUAUGCAAGGUGGUAGCACCUAAAAAUAGAUAUGAGAGUCAGACACCAAAUAAAUCAAGUUUUACAUAACAGUUAUAUGCCCGGUUUAUUUAGGUGAGAUUUCACAUUACAGAUUAUUUGAGGGGCAUGAAAAUAGGUUAGCUUCUGUAUUUUCCAGUUUGGCAAAAAUUCAUCACAUUGCUUUGCCCUAAUUUUGCCCAGAAUUUUAUCUCCAGCUCCUGUUAGAGAAAUGUGUUGCCUCUCUCUGAUAGUGGUCAAUCACUUUUAAAAAGCCAUUCUAAUCUGGCUUGUUAAAAUAGUGAAAGUGACCAGUAAGCAAAUUGGAAGAGAUUUUGAGUUGUUGAAACAUGCCAUUGAGAAUUUUCUGGAGGGACAAAAUGGGAGAACGAGAGACUAGGAUUCAGAUUUGGCUAAAAGUAGGGAUUGUCUCUCCUACAUACAUACAAGCAGCUAUAUACAUGCAUCAUAGUACACAUACACACACAUUCUUUUAAAGAAAAUUCAUGAAAAAAAGCAGAGUGAUCAGAUGUGUUUCCAGAGCCUAUAGAGAGUUAAAAUUAUAGUUAAUACCUGAGCAACUUAGUAGGUUUACUUUACCAGAUUGUACUGAGAAAUAUUAAAGUUACUAGUGUGUCUUUAGGACUAGUUGCAACUAUUCAACUUAAACCUUGAGGCUUUACUGUGUACUUAUAGAACAAAUCAAAACAAAUCAAAUCAAAAAACAAAAAGCUUUAAGUUGAUUUGAUAUAACCUCCAAAGUGAAAGAAACACAAAUUCCUUUUGAAUAGGAAGAUACAGAAAAGAAAAAUUGUCAACUUUUACUUGUUGACAAAUGGAGAAAAACAAGAAUGUUUUAGUGAGCUUGGUAUUGUUUUGAUUUAUGGUUUUUGUGUCUCAGCUGUAGACCUCACAGAACCAUGAAGUUUUAUGAUAUUUUAUAAAUGUUUGACAAAAUUUACAUCAGUGAAGGCAUUUAGAUGAAAAUGAUGUUUUACUUACUUCCCAAAUGUUAUCUUUAAAGUGAUUCCUUAUGGUGGAAAAAGAACAGAAAAGGCUGCAAAAAUACAAAUAAAAAACUAUAUGCUCCUGGUUUCAAGACAGAACUUAGACUAUAGGAGGUACUGGACACAUUAUUUUUUAACUUUGCAUUGUUCAUUUUACAAAAAGGGAUAAGUUACAUUUGUGGUCAUCUUUAGUUAUAUUUUAUAUAUAUUUUAGUAAGUACUAUCUGUGUGAAAAUAUUCUAAAACAGAAAAUUCCCCAAAUGCAAAAGUAAAGAAGAAUGGGGGGGGGGGCGGUGAAAUUAAAGUCUGUAUAUAUGAAAGUUAUCUUAGAAAUGUUUUUAAACCUCCAGUUUCUGCAAGAUAAUUAAAAUAUACAGUAACUGGUCUUAAGAUCCUGAAUUUAAUGUAUUAAAUACUUAUAAAAUUUAUUUAUAUUGGUGCCUUUUUAAAAUGCAUUGAGAGAGUGUUGGUUAGCCAUUGUAGCUCUACCACACUUUUAUUGUGUAUUUUUAAAAAUCACUUAAAAUUGAUUACUAUAUAAUUCUUCUUUGCGUUCCUAGGUCAAAACUGUUAGAGGAAUUUCCAGUACAGAGACUUUCAGCUUAUCUGCUUAAAGUAAAAGGAAACUUUGAAACCAGAUGUUAAUAUCUUUUUAGUUUGAUAAUAUUUCUGAAUACCAUUACAAGAUUAUGCAGGUAAAAUAUGAGGUAGAGGGAAAUUGUAGCUGUGAAUUGCAUUGUGGUAUGUGUUUUUGUUUUGUUUUUAAGGAAGAAUAAGUUCUAAUAUCAUACAAGGCUUUAUUAGUGGAAUUUUUGGUCAAUAAAAUAUAGUAUUGUUUUGGAAUUUCACCUGUAGACUAGUGUUCUGCUAGUCUUAGAACUUCUGUCUUCUAACCUGUUAAUGUUUUGUGGAAUGAUGUAGAGAAGCAGGUAAUUAAUUCUCCUUGAACAAAACAAAACUGAACAGUCAUAUCGCAUUGCUGUUCUCCAAAGCAUAAUCUCAAAUGGUUUCCUACCAUGGUUGGGUAUUACUUGCAAUGGAUGUGUUAAAAUAUGACAGCUUUUUAAAAAAUGAGCUGCUUGUUAUUCAAAGCAAAUGUCAUAUGACCAAGAAGCUGUGAUAUGCUAGUGUUUCUUUUUAUCAUAGUGUAUUGCUAGGCCAAAUAAUGACAUCUUGAAUAUUUUUACAUUUAUUGCAGAAACCUAAAAUUUUGGAAUUUCCAUAAGGUUUUUAUGUAACAUUGUAUUUUUAGCCUUUUAGUUUUCUCUUGCUGUCCUGUAAGUUUGUGGAUAUUUUUCACACACACUCUUAGAAAUAAGUUCCUAAUUCUGUUUAUGGGGUUUUUCUCCGGUAACAUUGCAUUUGUAUAUUUUCUGUAUAAAUUUGUUGUGAAUUAACCUUUAUCCCAUACAGAGAGUGGUACAUGAAUGACUAGUUUUCUAAGAUGUCCUUUUUAUUGUGAAUAAAAUAUAAAAUUUAGAGGCCCUCUGCUAAGCCACAUAAAGUACAGCAUAAAACUUCAUAUAGGUACAGAUAAGCCAGUUUGCAGUUAAUCGGGCCCUUCAAAUUACCUCAAGUGACACACAGUAAGAAAAGCUUCUUGAACGGGUGGAGGUCACUGAAUCCCCAACUAUGCACUUAUCAGGAUUCUACUUAAUUUACUGGAAAUGGAUUUUUUUUUAAAAUGAAUACACUGUAACAAGGGAAGGACUCUGGGUUUUGUUUUUUGUUGUUUUAUUCUUCUGUGUUUGUUUUUUUUAAGUAGUUCAAUUUCUGAAACUGUGAUAAAACAUUUUGACUGUCAAGCACGCUCAGAUUUUAACAUAAAUCACUUCCCCUUCUGUGUAGUGAAGUUCUUUGUGAUCUCUUAAAUUUUUUCUACCCUCUCCACCUCUUUUCUUUUCUUUGUCCACGUUCCCUCCAUCAUUGUCUCUGGACAUCUCUGCCUCUCUCUCCCCCUACUAGUUUGAGGAUUAGGUCAACUCUUACUUCCAAUUCAUAGGUCUCUUAAGUCUUAAUUUUUUGUGUAUGAUUUUUGUUGGCUGUAUAAUCCGCUGACAUAUUUUUAUACUCAAGUGUAGUUUUAUAAUUUUUUAAAAAAGGUAGUUGGAUUAAAACUAGUAAGGUAUAUAACCCUUGUGUUACUUUCACUUUCACUUUCAAGUCAUCUAAAAUAUGACUUCAGAGAUUAUGUAAUCAUAUUAACAUGAUAUGUUUGCCUUCCUUUUUUGCUGGAUUUUGUGUUCUGAUUUGCUUUUCUUCCUAAAAUGUGUAUUAUGAGAGAUUAAACAAUUUUUUUGCAAGAAUUUAGAAAGAUGUUAAAAAUCUGAAGCAGAAAGUCUUAACUAUCUCCCAGUUGGGAGAAAAUGCUUUAACAUUACUAUAAUAAUAUUCCAGGUUUGGAGUGGGCUCUCCAGGCUCCACAUUUGCUCUUAAUAGUUGACCUUUUAGACCAUGUGUUAUUUGCAAUCCCAGAAUGAUUGCUUCUGCUAUUUAGUUUAAAAGAUGUUUUCUUUUCUUUCUGUACAAGUGCAAUACUUUUCUUGAAGUCUUAAAAACUAUGGUUAUUUUUAUCUUUCUUUCAUUAGUUAAAGACAAAAAGAAACCCUUGAAAAUUAUGGUAUGUUAGUUAAAGGACACAACAAGCAAAAAGAAAAACACUCCACAGACAAAAGAUUAGAGAAUGUGGAAACUACUGGUCUAAUCUCAUGGUAUCUCUAUUUAGGCUAAAUUUUCAUUGCAAUUAGUAAUCUUUUGCCUGAGAAAUGUGUCCUAAAGUUGAAAUUCUUAGAGACUGAAUUUUUUUCUUAGACCCUUACCCAGUGUUUUAAAUUAAGAACCUAGUAUUUUUUUAUUUCUCUAUUCUCCUUUUGGAAAUGAACUUUAAAAUAAAAGUAAAGCACUUAAGCUCAAUUUUAAACACCUAUCACCUAUUGGAGAAAAUUUUUAAGAAAUAUUUGGAGCACUCCUGUUUUCAUACAAACUUAAGUAAGAGGUAUUUUUCAUAUCAUACAUAUUUAUAUGUAGUAUUCUGAUUUUCUUUUUUUUUAUACCUGUGUCCCUGUAGUAAAACUGCUGUAAUGUAAAUACAUAUUUGGUUUAAAAGAUAACAUUUCUUUGGCAUUUCUUUUAAAGGCAGUUACUGCAUUUGUACAGUAUAUGUCUUGGCCAUUUUAGAUUUUUUUUCUUUAACAAUACCAAAGGUAAUUAGACUACUUUAAAAACUAAUUGCUUGACAGUUUCUAGGAUAUUUUAAGUUUUAGAAGCGAAAAAAAAAUAGGUCAAACCAGUAAACCUCAUUUUUUUCAAACUAAUAAUUUGGGAAAAUAAAAACUAUUGUUUAAAAAAGAUAUAUAUAUAUAUAAAUAUAUAUGUAAAAUUAAAAUUCCAGACCUUGUAUGUCAGGUUUGCUCAGUGUAAUGUAGUUUUUUUAAGGCUCAAAUACCAUACCUCAGAAAAUGAGGUUUACUAUGGAAAUACUGAAACAGUCUUUGCAGCUGUGUGACAAGUCACUGCUAUAUACCAGUUUGGAGACCUCCGCUAACAGUUUUGUCACUGCAGACUAAAAUGUGGGACUUGUAUUUUCUUUGUUUUUAAUGCACACACAUACAUGUUCUGAGCAUGUAUGUGGGUAUUGUGUAUACGUGUAUGAGUGUUGUAUAUGCAUGUGUGAGUGUGUGUCUGUAUGUAUGUACAACUAAAGAAGCUGCAGAAACUUUGUAAUACUUUGUGAAAAGGAUUAUAUUAUAAAGGUUUGUACUGUCUGAGUGCACAGCUACUGGAAUAAAUUUAGGGAAUCUCAGGAACAAGCAUAUAAUUUGUCCAAGAUUUAUUUCUUCUCAGAAGUGUAAGUGCAGUUUUUAAUUCUGUAUAUUAUUUAAUAUUUUACCA